UAUAGUCUAUUUGGUAUUUUGAAUAAGCAUACAUUCUGAACACGUUCGCAAUAUACAUAUCAUAUUAGGAUUAUCGGGUUAAAAGAACUGACAGGAGUUGAAGAGGAUAAAUCAGUCAACCAAAUGGCAUGGCGGAAAGGCGCGGUUUUCUUGAUCCUGGUGCUGGCCCUCGCAGCGAUACCAGGCGUUGUUCCAGUAAAGACGAUCGACUGUCUCUUGAAGCUUAAGGGAGAGUACUCUGGCACAAUCUCGGUCACAAGGAGUGGUUACAAGUGCCAAAGAUGGGAUGCCCUGUGCCCUCGUAGCCACACCAGCCAAUUCACCGACGCAGAUUUUGUAGACGGAUCCAAAACGGCAGCAUCAAACUAUUGCAGAAAUCCUAAGUCAGAUCUGCAGAUCUAUCCAUGGUGUUAUAUAGCAGAUCCCAAGUCGCCUUUGGACUUCGAACUUUGUCAUAUCCCUUUUUGCACAAAGGGGACCGAAUGUACAUUUAGUGCAAGUGGGGCGGAGUACUUGGGAACACAUUCGGUAGCCACUGCGUCCAAUGGCAAACAACACACAUGUCAAAGAUGGGACAGCCAAACCCCUAAUAAACAUUCCCGGAAGGCAGGUGGUGUUCAUCUCAACGAAGACACUCUAACAGAAGCUGAAAAUUACUGUCGAAACAUCAAGGGCACUGAACCCAAGCCGUGGUGCUACACCACUGGUGGUCCUCGCUGGGAAUAUUGUGAUAUUAAUCCUCAAAUCUGUCAAACAGCAAAGAUCUGCUCCGACCCACCGACAGUUGAAAAUGCGAUCAGGCUCACCCCGACAGCGGCUGGCCCCUACGACUACAGGGCCACUGCCACAUACAAAUGCAGUACUGGUUACGAAUUCGCUGACGAGAACGAUGGUGUUGAGUGUCUCUUGACCAAGAAAUGGUCGGCAAAACCCAUUUGUGUCAAGGUAAAGUGUCCUACACUCGAGCUAGACACACCAGCUUCUCUCGUUGUGAAUGGCGAUCCUGAUACGUAUGACACUACAGUGACCUACAACUGUGACGAGGGCUCCAAGCAUACCGGUGGCGAUCUGACCAUAAAGUGCCAGAGUGACAAGACUUGGAGUGGAACAGCUCCGACUUGCAUGCAGAUUGACUGUGGUACUGCCCCGACGGUCUCCGAAGCGACUUUGGAGUUGAUGACAUCCACCCUCUUGGGCGGUGUAGCGAGGUAUAGGUGUGACAAAGACAACGUCACCUAUGAGAAGAUAUGCAAGGAGGACGGAUAUUGGGUCGGAACUAUUUGCUCGGAUAAUGUAUCGCAAGAAGCCACGACGACAGGUGUUUUAUCAUCGGUCACGGUAGCGGUUGAAUGCUCCACAGAAGAUCUCUUAAAGAACCCAGCAGUCCUAGCCGGACUCAUUAUCUGCAGCGUAAUCGCCUUCUCUACCGUGCUCGGCCUCUCAAUAGCCAUCUGCAAGCUAAAACAAACCGCAGCAGCCGCCUCAGAAAUAAACGCAAAAACAACUCCACGGGCACAACUUGGUAAUCGGUAUAAGCUAGAGCAGCCGCCUGCCCAUGCCGAUCGCAAAUUGACGGCAGCCCGAAUGGAACAAUACGGCAACCACUACUACUAUCGUGAUCUGUAUUAGGCUGGCAAAGCUAUGCUACCAGUCUCACUUUUUAAGACGAUUUUUAGCUCGGAGGGGGGCCUUACUGUGCUUCGAACGGAUGGCCAAAUCGAACGAGACGAUCUAGAAAGUAAAACUGGUGAAAUUUGGUGUCAACGCGGUUUUCGUCUGAUAGUUGUUGGUUGUUGAUAAUUGGUUGAAAUGAUGGUUGAUAUAUUGGUCUCAGCAAAUUUUGUACAGAAUUGCAUUACUGGUAUUUUGUUAUUUGUUUUUAUUGUAUUUAUUGCAAAUUCUUUAAAGAAAAAAGUGUAACUCGUACCGUGAUAGCCAGAUUUUGCACAUUUCAUAGCUAGAUAAGGUCCUUUUACAUUCUUUGAAACAGAUACCAAGAAUGAUAAAAAAAAUACCAUACGUGUGCAUGUUGAA